AUGGAUUUAAUCGAUAGUGAAGCACUUUAUUCUUUAUUACGAAAUAAAUAUGUUCUUCUUUGUGGAGAUUCAAUAAUGCGUUCUAUUUAUAAAGAUAUGAUUUUACUUGUUCAAGGACAAAAUCGUUUAUUAACAAAUGAUGAACUACGAGCUAAAUUAGAUGAUUAUGAUAUGUUAUCAUUAAAUGAUCAAUUAUUAGCUGGUGAUAAAAAAACAAACGAUACAUCAUAUUAUGAAAGACGUUGUUAUUUAACAAAUACACAUUUAAUAAAAUUUGUUUUUUUAACACGAUGUUUUAGUGGACAAAUGAGAAAUGAAUUACGUGAAAUAGAAGAAAAUAAAUCAAUUAUACCAGAUGUUAUUCUUCUUAAUUCUGCUAUUUGGGAUAUAACAAAAUAUGAAAAAAAUAGUGAAAAAGAUUAUGCACAAUUACUUGAAGAAUGCUUUCGUUCAAUACGUUCAAUUAUUCCACCACAUACAAUUAUUAUUUGGCUUACAGCAACACCAUUUUCAAAGGAUGCUCGUGGUGUUUUAGAUGAAACACGUUCAGAAAAGAAAAAUUUUUUGCGUAUAAGAAUAUUUGAUAUAAAUACAUUUUCAUCUCAAUUAGCAAAAAAAUAUAAUUUUCAAGUUAUUGAUCUUCAUUAUCUUGUUCGUAAAUGUAUUCAACAUCGUUGUAAAGAUGGUAUGCAUUACGAUGCAUUAAUUCAUCGAGAAAUUACAACACAUAUUGCACGAUAUAUAUCAUGUGGAUUAAAUAAAAAUUUAUCAAAUUUUAAUUAUGAUAAUGAAGAUAAUAAUGAUACAGUUUGUUAUGAUAUAAUUAAAUCAAUUAUUAAUAAUAUUGAUUAUCAGAUAACAUCGUUUGAUAAACAAAUUAUUGAUAAAUAUCGAUCAUCACAUAUUAAUUUUGAUAUGAUUGAAAAUUUAAAUGAAAAAGAAAAAGAUGUUUUUUAUUUAAUGGAUUAUUAUGAAAAUCAUAUGCUUGAGUGA